AUGGAAGCCGAAGAUAUCAUCGAAAUGCUUCUGACGGAACAACUUCGUCACAAUUUCAGGUACACGCACUGGAUUGCACAACUAAGUAGUCUCAAGUUUGAAAUCAAGUUGCGUAAAGUAAGAACUCUAAUGGAUUCAAUCGCCGAAGAGGCGGCAGAGAUGAAAAAUAGCAUCAAAUUCGAAGAUGCACAAAUUCAUGAUUCCGUUGAGGCUAGUUCAUCUUCAUCAUCAUCAUCAUCAUCAUCACUAGUUGCAGAUACUGGAAAAUUGAAAAUGCCAUUCGCCACACCUCCAAACCCUCCCAAUAUUUGGCAUGGGAGGUAUUGGGAAACGACUCUCGCUGGAACUGUCUACGACGAUCCAUUAAUCAGAGAGCAUUUUCAAAUUCGUGCUUGGGUGACAGUAUCACAAGAUCAUAGCGAGAGAGAAAUUCUUUCAGAUCUGCUGGAUUCGAUGAGAGAAUUUGACGCGGAAUGGAGGAAAGAAUCCACAAGAGAUAGAUCCGAAGAGGGAAACGAGUCUCUGUUGGAAAUUCCUGAAAUGAGCAAUACUGAAAUGGCACUAAAAGUGCACAAAAUCCUAGUAGGAAGGAGGUUUCUCAUUGUAAUGGAUGAUAUAUGA